GCUGCGCAUUUAUAAACUCGAGCCGCGGCGAGCGACAUGUCAGAGGCUGCCUCGCCAGGGCUGCGCUCCUGGGCCUGAAACAUCUGGCUUGCGACCAACCCUAGCCUCAGGACCAGCAGUUCCUGGAGCCCCUUCUGCUCCAGCAACCCCGGUGCCUGCCCCGACGCGGCGCCCGCUCUUUGCCCGGGUGCUUGCACACAGCACCCCGGGACAAACAUGCUCGGAGUUCUUCUCCUCGGCGUGCUGGCUCCAGUCGGCCUGGGGAUCCCCGCACCAGCAGAACUGCAAUCCAGUGGCAGCCAGUGCGUCGAGCACGAGUGCUUCGCGCUUUUCCGGGGCCCGGUGACCUUCCUAGCUGCCAGCCGGGCCUGCGAGAGCCUGCAAGGACACCUGAUGACAGUGCGCUCCUCGGUGGCAGCUGAUGUCAUCUCCCUUCUGCUGAGUGGCGACAGCAGCACGAACCCACACCUCUGGAUCGGUCUGCAGCUCCCGCAGGGCUGCGGCGACACCGGGCAUCUCGGGCCCCUGCGUGGCUUCCAGUGGGUUACUGGCGACAACCACACCAGCUACAGCAGGUGGGCGCGGCUCGACGGCGACACGGCUCCACAUUGCGGCCCGCUCUGCGUCACUGUCUCUGCGGCUACAGCCGCUGCGCCCGGCGAGCCCGCCUGGGAGGAGCAGCAGUGCGAGACUGAGGCCGACGGCUUCCUCUGCGAGUUCCACUUCGAAGCCUCUUGCAGGCCGCUGGUGAUGGAUCGCUGGACCCCGGAUGCCUCCCUCUUCUCCAGCACCUACACCACUCCUUUCGGGGCUCGCGACGCGGACUUCCAGGCGCUGCCAGUGGGCAGCUCCGCUGAGGUGGCGCCCCUCGGCUUGGAGCUGGUGUGCACUGCGCCUCCUGGAGCUGCGGAGGGGCACUGGGCUCGAGAGGAGUGGGGAGCUUGGGACUGCAACGUGGAGAAAGGCGGCUGUGAGUACAUGUGCAACCUGACCGCAGGUGUGUCCAGCUGCCUCUGCCCCGGCGACGGUGUCCUGCAGGCCGACGGACGUUCCUGCACAGCAACCACCGUGCAACCAUGCAACGACCUCUGCGAGCACUUCUGCGUCAGCAACCCCGACGUGCCAGGCUCCUACUCUUGUAUGUGCGAGACCGGCUACCAACUGGCGGCAGACCAACACCGGUGCGAGGAUGUGGACGACUGUAAGCAGGGCCCCAAUCCGUGCCCUCAGCUCUGCGUCAACAGAAGGGGUGGCUUCGAUUGCCUCUGUUAUGAUGGCUAUGAGCUUGUGGAUGGGGAGUGCGUGGAGGCCCUGGACCCGUGCUUCGGGACUAACUGCGAGUACGAGUGUCAGCCCCUGGGCUCCACGGACUACCGUUGCAUCUGUGCUGAGGGCUUCGCGCCCAACCCCAAGGAACCACACAAAUGUGAAAUGUUCUGUAACGAGACCGCAUGCCCCGCGGACUGUGAUCCCAACAACCCAGACUUAUGCCAUUGCCCGGAAGGCUACAUCCUAGAUGAUGGUUCCAUGUGCUCAGACAUUGAUGAGUGCGAUGCGGAUGAAUGCUCCCCCAAUGAGUGCCGAAACCUUCCUGGCUCAUUUGAGUGCAUCUGUGGGCCGGACUCAGCCUAUCCUGGCCAGGUUCGGGCAGACUGUGACCCCAUUCCGGUGAGUGAUAGAGAACAGGAUGGCGGCUCUGGGGAGCCCCCCGCCAGCCCCAUGCCAAACUCCCCGGGGAGUCCCCCGUCCGCGAGGCCAGUGCAUUCUGGUGUGCUCAUUGGCAUCUCGAUUGGGAGCCUGUCCCUGGUGGUGGCGCUUUUGGCGCUCCUCUGCCACCUGCGCAAGAAGCAGGGUGCUGCGCGGGCGGAGCUGGAGUACAAGUGCGCGUCACCAGCCAAGGAGGUAGUGCUGCAGCACGUUAGGACUGAUCGGACACUGCAGAAACUCUGAGGGGCCUCCCUCCGGGGGCCUCGGCUUGCCCUGGCCUUUCCUCCCUCUCCCGCCCUGGCCCCCCAGCUGUGCUCUCUGGCUAGUCAAAAGCACCCUAGUUGGCCUGACACCAGGAGAAGAUCUUCCCCCAUUCUUCACUGAGAAGUGUGGGUAGGGAGGAUCAGAAGCCUCAGAGCAGAGCUUCUUCCAAGUUACCGCUGGACAAAUGGGCGGAGACGUCACAUUCACAGUAAAGACCUGAAUGCAGUGUCCAGGCCCUCUCCACGGGAUGGUGGGCGCUGGUCCGUAUCCUCAGAGGCGAACCUUGACCCCGUGGGCUCGAGAUGACCCAGCUAUUUAUUUUUUUUUAACUAUUUAGUAUUUUCUUCCCUUUGUUUUUUCCCCCUUACCUGUAAUUCUCCAGUUAUUUCUCCCUCCUUCUCUCCCUCCUCUCUCUCUAAUUCACCAGUCCAUCUCUUCCUCUCCAUAUUUUGUCGCUCCAGAUGGGCCUACGUGAAACAGAAACAAAUACACUAAAAGCAGAACAUUUUUUUCCACUGGCUUUGCUAAUUUAAUCUGAAGUUUCAGGUUUCCAGAGCAAAAUAAGUUGAAAAAAAUUUAAAUGCAACAGCUGAUCAUUAAUUAAUUUUGCUGGACUAUAACAGAAAUUAAACCCAAUGAAUUUUUUUUAAUCUUCAGUUUUGAAACAGUGAACCUGGGUUUUAUUAUUGUUGCUGUUGUUUGAUUUGGACUGGAAAAAAGGGCAAUUAUUGUUAAGCUUUUUAUGCAGGCUCCUAUACUGUUGUUAUUCAACCUUUGGCAGUGUUGAAAAUGUGUAGAUGCUCACUUGUCCAGCCUUUGACUUUGCAAUAGGACAUUGCAUCUACAAAUGCAUUGGGCCAUAUUUAUAGCUAUUUUGGGAUGCAUGUGGCCUAUGGGCUAGACCACCAGAGACUGACAGAAGCAUCUCCCAGAAAAGUUUUGAGCUCCAUGCUUCGUACCAAGCUGACUCUCAACUGUUCUUGCCACUUGUAGUUGAAAAUAAAGCAGCUGUACCUCUUAGGGAGACAUGGGAACUUGGGACUGGGCAGCCCAGGGGAUGCCCAGUUAAGGCCUUGUUUUAGUAGUGAGACUCUUGGAGAGUAUCUAUUACUUCAGAGGGACCUUCUAGCCCUGGUCAUUGGAAUGAGGCCUCUGUACAAGGAUUGGGCCCUCCUAUGGGAUCUAGUUAAAAUUGCAAAACCCUAAGCUCCACCCCCACCUAGUUCACAAGAAGCUGCAUUUUAUAAACAUCCACAGGGACAGUGUCCAGUCAUUUGAGGACAAUUGUUCUAGAUCGUUUCCAACUUUCUGGAGAACAUUAAAUAAGGGUCAAUAAUAAGUAGCAGGCCAAGUUAGGCCAUUUAAUCUCAAGAAACUGAGGAAUUUUCCACUGUACAGCUUUGCUUUCUGGUUUUAAAAAAAUGACUAGGUACACACCUCUAGAUAUUGUCACACAGGGUCCAGAAGAAUUUUGGUUCAACUAAGCUAGGAAUGAAAUCACGCUUCAGAAUAAGGAACAAAUGUAUCAUGUGUGUAUCUUUUGUAAGGGAAGGCUUUCCUCUACUGGUUUGUAAACUCAACAUAUUUGUAUAUAGUUAUUUAUUUAUUAGAGUUCAGCUAGGACACAGGCAAUACCCUUGCUUAUGAUGUCACAUGUACAAAAUAAACAGAUUUUAAUGUG